GAUCAUGUCGAAAGAGAAAAGCAUAUUCAGUUAUGUAUAAAGCAAAUGUUCUCAAAGAUUAUUCAGCAGGAAUAAAAGGAAAAGGUCUCAGAGCGCUUGCAAUUAAACAUAAUGUAAGAUUAUCAACAAUUCGAGGCUGGGUGAAAGAAAAAGAAAGAAUAAUAUUUCAAAAUAAUCGCGGAGGAAAUUCGAAUUGCUUACGCAAAAAAAUUGGCAGUGGUAGAAAAGCAAAGUGGCCUGAACUUGAAAGUUUACUUUAUGAUUGGUAUUCGGAACUUAAUCAGCUUAAUAUUCAAAUUCUUCCCCGACAUUUCAAACUCAAAGCAAAAGAAAUUGCAAAUGAACUCAACCUCGAGAACUUUACUGCAUCAGACAAAUGGUUGUCAUCGUUUAAAAUUCGAUUGAGAAAGGUCAAUUGUAAGUAACAAAACUUCUCAUGUUCUGCCCGAAAAUUCUUCAGAAAGAGUCAAACAAUUUAUAAGACAAAUUCGUGAAACGAUAAAAGAAAAGGAAAUUAAGUUAUCGAAUGUUCACAAUAUGGAUCAAGUUUCGCGUUAUUAUGGAUGUGAUGAUCGUAAAAUGAAUAAGUCAUAUAAGAAAUUUACAGUUUCUUUCACAAUAUCAGCAGAUGGAAGCAUUCUGACACCUCAUUGUCUGUUCCCGAAGCUUCAUAAAAAAUCAGAUAUGAAUCCAAAUAUUUUCGUAACUCAUAGCAACACUGGAAUGUGGAGUGAAGCAAUAUUUGAUGAAUUUAUAGAAGAAAUUAUUAUGAAACGUCCUGCAACAAGACUAAACUCUGAACCUGUACUUCUUAUAAUUGAUAGCUUUGGAUGUCAUAUUCAUGUUAUUCCACCAAAACUUCCAAAUAUUUGUCAACCACUUAACGUCUCACACAUAAAUUCAUUCCAUGAAAUGUAUUUCAAUCUGUACAAUGAAUAUUUGGCUGAAGCAAGUUUAUCCUCGAUUGAGGUGGAAAAUUGUUUGAAACGAUUGAGUGCAAUUAAAUCUCCAAGUCAUGAAAUGGCCUCAAACUGGGUAUGGGAAUGGACACAACAAAUUUCUGCUGAAAUCAUCAAGGAAUGUUUUGAAAUGUGUGGCAUUGGUUUGGGUAAAAUCGAUCAUAACUCUCUCAGUCAGCCUCUUAAAGAGUUAUUUGAGAUUGAUGGAGUUGAUUGGGAAGUGAAUUAUUCUGAUCUCGUUACAAAGAAUGAAAUGGAAUCAGUUGAUGAUUUGUUUUGUCCCGAAAAUUCAACUGCAACAUUCUAUAGAUGUUUCCAUUAUGCUGCGAAAAUCGAAAUAGAUUUUGAUUCUUGGUUUGACAAUAUAAUUGGCAAUGUGAUUAGUUUUUGCUGUGAAGAAUGGUCAGAUGUCUUUAGUUUACCUGAUUGGGAUGAAAUGAAAACAGGAAAAAUCGUCACUGGAGCCGAAAUUUAUGCAAUAUCGAAAAUGGCGAACAAGAAUAUUGUUGUUAAAAGUUUUGAUUCGUCCAACUACAUAAACAGUGAAAAGAGAUUCAAAGGAUGAUUUCGAUCAAUUUUAUACUAAAAUUGUGUAAUAUUUACGACAAGUUUAUGAAUAAAAAAUUGUUUUUGUUCCUUGUCAUUUGAUGAAACAAGUUCAAAUUAAAAACUUUUAAAUUAUACAGAUGUAUCCAAAAAUUGACGUCAAUUGCAUUUUCUUAUGAGAAGAAUAAAUUUUUCCACGACUAAACUAU